UGGCAUGUUCAAGGCGAGGACUUUAGCCGCUAGGCCACGAUGCCAGGCCCAGGAUCGCCUGUUUUUUAAGUCCUGGGUGCACACCGAAUUCCAACUUCCUGUUCAUGCUCUCUCUGGAAGGCAACAAAGAAUAACUCCCAAUGGUGGGUGCUUGACCCCCUCAGGAUAAGACUGAAUUGCAAUCCCAGUUCUUGAUCUUGUUUAACUCAGCGUUGGUUAUCGUAGGCAUUUGGUGAAUGGACUAGCUGCUUAGGAGUCUGUCUGCCAUUCUGUUGUCUCCCCACCUCUCAAAUAAAUUGAAAAAAAAAAGUAAAGAUAGACUGAUAGUUCACAUUUUUUAAAACUUACCAGGAUUUUUUAGGUCCAAUUAACUUGCCUUUGAAUUAACCACCUUCCCAUUUUUAAAAGAAACAAUCAAUUUAAGUCGUUGUUUGUUGGGUACCUGCCAUGUACCAGAGAUUUUUUGGGUAUUAACGUUAAUGAAAAUGACAGUAGUGUACAAGAUACAGCCCACCACAUAAUGUCUAUCAACAGAAAAAUUACAAUAUGUUGUUAUAGACCUAGAUUUAGUAAGGAGGUAUUCAGGGAACACACUGGGAAGAAAAAGGUUUGAUCUAGAAGGUUUCUGAAGGCUGGUCAUCUCUGAAUAGGUUUCUAGGAAACAUGUAGGAAUUUUAUGUUUUUCUCAUAGGAAAGUUAGAGAAGCAUAUAAUGUUCUGGUAAAGGAGAGAAGAUGGGUCAAGGAUUAGGGUUGAGACUGGCCAUGCCUAGAUAAGAACAUACAACUUGGUGCUGAUCAACAGUUGCUGCUGAGGCCAAAUGGUGGAGAGUCUGUCCUAGCAGGCUUCAGUAGGCAUGAUUUUACUUUACUGUGAGGUCACAAAGAAGGAUGAGGUAAGUGAUGAUACUUGAAUUAAAUCACAAAGGAUACCUGUGACUUUCAUUUUUAAGGCAGGCCACAGUUUAGCUGGAUAGGAGGAGAUGAAUUAUAACAAAGAUGUGCGUAGGCAAAAGCUGUGUUUAUUUGGGAAAGAAAUUUGAAAUACCUGCAGAAUGCACCUGGGGGUAUUAGGGGCACCAGUUUGAGAAGAAAUUGAAACAUUAAAGGUUUUUGAGGGCUCUGCUAGUGCAACAGCGUCUCCUCCAGUCUCUACACCUGUCACAGGACACAAGAGAAUGGUCAUCCCAAACCAGCCACCUCUAACUGCAACUAAAAAGUCUGCAAUGAAACCACAGCCUGGCCCCCAAGCUGGGCCCAUCCCUGUGACUCCAAUAGGACCACUCAAACCCCAGCCUCAGCCUGUUCCAGCCUCGUACACCACAGCCUGUACCCCUACAAGGCCCACCUUUAAUGUGCAAGUUAAGUCGGCUCAGCCCAGCCCUCAUUACAUGGCUGGCCCUUCCUCAGCACAAAUGUAUUGCCCAGGACCCCAUGGUUGCAGCAUACCACCAGUUCAUGUCUCUGGGCCACCUCCUUCAACCCGGCCUGGUACAGAUUAUGCGUAUAUUCCACCACCUGUGAUUCAACCUGAACCUGGAUAUGGGUAUACCCCCAACCAAGGACGCUAUUAUGAGCCCUAUUGUGCAGCAGGGCCUUCCUAUGGAGGCAGAAAUGAGAGUAAUCCUGCCUAUGGGCAACAGGGACACCCAGGCACCUGGAAGAGGGAACCAGCAUACAAUCCUCCUGUAGCAGGGAGCCAAAACCCUACUAGCUUAUACGCAACCACUGGUCCCAAGAAGACCUAUAUUGUGGAUCCUGUUUCCACUCCUGGUGCACCACCACUGCAACCAAAGGGAGGACACUCAGUUUCAAUGGGGCCUGCAUCUGCCCCCACUUCAUUUCGUCCUGAGGAUGAGCUUGAGCACCUGACCAAGAAGAUGCUGUAUGACAUGGACAAUCCGCCUUCCGAGGAAUACUUUGGCCGCUGUGCUCGUUGUGGUGAAAAUGUAGUUGGGGAAGGUACAGGAUGUACCGCCAUGGAUCAGGUCUUCCAUGUGGAUUGUUUUACCUGCAUCACCUGCAACAACAAGCUCCGGGGCCAGCCCUUCUAUGCUGUGGAAAAGAAAGCUUACUGCGAGCCUUGCUACAUCAACACGCUGGAACGGUGCAACGUGUGCUCCAAGCCCAUCAUGGAGCGUAUUCUUCGUGCCACUGGGAAGGCCUAUCACCCUCACUGCUUCACCUGCGUGAUGUGCCAUCGCAGCCUGGAUGGGAUCCCCUUUACUGUGGAUGCUGGCGGGCUCAUUCAUUGCAUCGAGGACUUCCACAAGAAAUUUGCUCCCCGAUGUUCUGUGUGCAAGGAGCCUAUUAUGCCGGCUCCUGGCCAGGAGGAGACCGUCCGCAUUGUGGCUCUAGAUCGUGACUUCCAUGUCCAGUGCUACCGCUGUGAGGAUUGUGGUGGUCUUCUGUCGGAAGGUGAUAAUCAAGGCUGCUACCCGCUGGAUGGGCACAUCCUCUGCAAGAGCUGCAACACAGCCCGCAUCCGAGUGCUGACUGCCAAGGCAAGCACCGACCUCUAGAUUCGGUCACCUGUGUAGCUGGUUGGUGGAUGGCGCUGAGAAGAGUGAAACACAAGGGAAACCAUUAGGAAAAAUAGAGGAAAUGCAAUCAUCUGUGGGGUGGUCUCAGUUCUUUAACUGCUGUUAAUUUUUCUUUAGAAACACAUAGUGGAUAAGAUUUUUUUUUUCACUUCCCACCAAAAUAACACAUUUCACAUUUAAUCAUGCCAGCCCUCUGUGGGCCUUUGUUCCAAGUACUUACACAUUUUUGCACGGAUUAUGCUCCAUCCCAUUCACUUCUGCAUUCCUGUAACUUUUAAUCCCCAUGUUUGUCUCACUUUUCAUCUGGUUGAAUGGCUUUUUUUAGUGUGGUAUUUGCUGUCACACAGUUUUUCCUGGGUGAGGCUGCCAAAUCACAGGUGAUUUUCAGGUUUAAAGUCUCCAUCCUAUCACUUCCACAUUGCCUGUAAUUAGAAAGGUUAGCCAUUCUUUUGCCACGGAUUUAAAAUACAGACUUUUUGCUGUUGCUGCAUGACACUCAUGUCUCUUGGGGUGAGAUUCGGUGCAGUGGGAAGAAUGUAUAAUGUCAAUAUUGGUCUCUAAAGGACUAAAGUUUCAAAAAGCAUAAGUUGAAGCACGCCAAAACUUGCAGCCAUUGAAAUUUAAAGUCUCUAGCAGCCAAUGGUCAGAACUCAUUGAAAACAAUUAUUGGCCUAUGGUUAAUGAGCAGUUGAACUUCAAACUUUUCCUAAAGACAUGAAAUUUGGUAUCCUGGGAGAAGCAAUUGGCCAGGGAGAUGGGGUGGGUUAUGUCUGAAAAGUCCUUUAUUCCACAGCAUCAUCAUAAGGUUUUCCUUUUCAAUGCCACCACAUAAUACAAUCAUGGUUUUCUCUAGAAUGAAACAUUUACAGUACUGUCCCACUUUUCAUCUUAGAAAGAUGAGUACUGUCAUGGUGUUUCCAAUAUCCAAACACAUCUUCCAAAAUUGGCGUAUUUUUCUCUAGAGAAAGAUGUAAAGAAUAGUUCAAAUUCCUUUUUGCCUCCAGACCCAGGCCCAUUUUUGUCUGACAUUUGCAAAUCAGGAAAUAAGAUUGUGAAGCUUUGUCUAGUUGACUUUAAAAAAGAAAUCUUAAAAAGAUUGUGAAACCACAGUUUCAUUAUUAUCCUAAUCCUUCUGCAACUCAAAUUACAUAUUGCAGGAGACAUUUUCAUAUCAUCGACGUGACAUUUAUACCACACUUUCAAAGAUAAUCACAGGGAAAAAAAAUUGUCUUUCUGAGCUAAAAAUAUGCAGUCUCUGCCUAGAAUCCUUAUUCAAAUUCUUAUUAGCCAGUGGAACACUUGCAUGCCAACUGCAGAGCCAUAUUUAUUAAGUUCUAGCAUGUUUCAUUUGAGAGCCACCUAGCUUAGUAGUGGCAAGUUGUUAUUUUGUCAACUAAGUAUUUUGUAUUGAGAUUUCUUAAACCUUUCUUCAGAUUUUCCACAAGUAUAUACUUUUAAAUUAUGGAGUAUUUUAAAUAUGAAAAAGGUAUAAAUAAUAUAAUAAAUUCCUAUAUGCCGAACACCUACUUUAAGAAAUCAGAUAUAACAUAUAAUUACAUUCCCCUGUAUCCCCUUUCCUUAUUCCACAAAUAGCUUUUCAUAAUUUCGAACUGAUAGAUUCUAGUCUGAUUUUUAACCUUUAACAUCCAGAAUGGUAAUGAACAAUUAUUUGUGCAUUUUUUUUAUCACAACCCUUGCCUCAGGAGUUCUGAUUAUUUUACUUGAAUAGAAAUAAUAAAAGUGUUUUAACAAAAAAAAAAGAAACAAAAACAAAAAAAAAACAAACAAAACAAGAACAAAUUCUGAAGCCUGUGGUCACUGUGGAGCUCAGUCAUCUUCACUACUGAUGGCAUAUUUGCUUGUGUCAAUCACCAGCCUUGUGUUCAGACCAUAAACGUGACACCUUCUCCGAGCUGCUUUGACCACUGUGCUCUUCUUACCUUGCUUCCAUUAUGCUUGAGCUCACAAUGUGAAAUAUAGUGAGACUCAUGCAGGGCAGCAUGUUAGUUGUAGGAUAAAAUGCCAAGUGUGCCUUUGAAUUGCUGUCUUCCAAAUUAAACACCAGACAAUCCCGACGGCCUCAGAGCGCACUGACUGUUAGACAACUGGGGUGAUCUGCUUGAGCUGAUUUGUUGGCUUGUUUUCUGUUCCAUACUUUGUCUUUAGGCCAAAAGCAGAGAGUCCAAUUUAUUGAGAGAUUUUAUCUUGGGAAAUACCAUCACAUUAUUGUAAAUUUUGCCAAAAGGCGAAGACUGAAAUAUUUAUGCUAUAAAAAUGCAAUAACAGCCUACUUUUUCAUAUACUUAAGUCUUUAUGUAACCAAAUGUUUACAUGCCAAAAGGAAAUUAUAAGAAAAUAGUGUCACAAGCCCAUCAAUGUGACAUUGCUAGCACAAUACUGCUUCUUUAUAAAUUUUUAUAGUAUAUUCUUGUCACAUAACCUCAGAGUAUCUUUACCAAAGAUUUUUAAACAAAAUUUCUUUUUAAUAUAGACAUACUUUUAUAAUAAUGAAUGUGCACACAUCCUUUUGCAGAAAUAUUUAGCUUUAGAUUUUUUUCUUUCACUAGAUAUAGUAAGGAAGGGAUCCUACCAUAUUUUAUCCUGAUAUCUUAAAUAUAUGAUUCAUGUUACUUUUCUAUUAAUCAUUUGAUUUAAACAAUGCCAAGUCACUCUGAACUGUUUUAGUUGCAUGAAAUGUUGCCUAUAACAGAUACAAAGAUAUUACCUUAUCAUUAAACUAUACUAUCUUGUUUAUUAUUGUUUAAAUACAUAGAUAAGAGGAAAAAGCAAAAAUCUAUAACAAAGUUCAUAAAAAUGUGUACAUUUCUUAAAAACUGUCAGCUGCACAAGUAUUUGAUAAUCCUCUGUCACAUGGGAAACAUGGAAAAGGAAAACCACUCACCCUGUCAUGGGUUCUGCAACUCACUUCAAAAUGAAAUUUUAUGAAUGUUUGGAUCCCAGCACAGACUGACUCAAGAUCAAGUUUCAUCAGCAACAGACAAAAUGAGCUUUGAAAAUCAAAACUAUCUGCUUCUCACCAUAAGGCAUCAAGGUUGCAAGAUGCUGACCUUUGUGCAGAUCCAUGACGUGGGUUGUUUUCCUUGUUAAUGCCUUCUUGGCACUAUAGAAGCCAUUGACGGUGUUUGGGGUAUGCUGAUCGCUGAGAUGGGCUUACCAACAUUAUGAUUAUUUUCUGUGAAAGAUUUUGUAAAGAUGUUUAUGACAACAUUUGCAGGAUAACAAGCCCAACUGCAUUGUGUUAAGUAUUUGAUAUUCUGAUCCAAAGAGAUAAACAAUUCUUUUUCAAUGGAGCAAUAGUCGAGAGUUGAUGGACACAGAGAGGACUGAAAACACAAAUUCCAAUCAUCUUCCUCAUUAGCAAAAAUCCUAGUAAUGUGAACCAGCCAAGGACAGCAGUGUUAUUUCUAUUUGAUAUGGUUUGGGCUUCUCCUGUCAAAUCUGUGUCGGCUGCCCCCUGAUCCUUCCAUUCUCAAGUUUUGAAGGGUGUUGGGGAAAUGAUAGCAGCUGUUAGGGAUAUCAGGGAAACACUGAUACAACCUCACAGCCUCUUACCAUUCCUCUUGGCUUGGAAAGGCUUCUUCUUCAUAUACAUUUCCAGAAAUAUUGCUAUUCUACCUUAGUAUUUCACAUUUGUAGUUUAAACAAGUGAUUGUCCAUCUGUUGCCUAGAGCUACAGUACAUGUGUGUUAUGAAUGAAAUAUGACAGCAUGUUCCAUACCCCUGCUUUAGCCAUCUGUAGGAAAGCAGCAAGCUGAGAAAGAGAUACCUCUGCAAAAUGUGCCUCAAGUCCAUUUCCUGAAACCAAUCUGUGGUGUACUUUCAGAAGACACAAUCAGAGAGCAACACUUAUUUGUGCCUUAUUUUUUAAAAAUUUACUCACUCUACUAUAAAUACAUCACUGAAGAGUUAAAUAGUGUAAAUAAUCCAGAUUAAAAAAAGUCCAAAAAAAGUCAAAAUCCAAAGAAGUUUGAAAUUAUCAUGUUAAUAUGUUCUAAUAGUACUCCACUCCAUUUUCCUUUCCUCCAUCCUACUCCUUCACCUUCUCUCCCUUGCUGCCUUUAUUCCUUCUUGUCAUCCUGCCUACUUAUGUUGCGAUCCUUGGACUUUUCAUGAAUUAAAGCAAUGCAUUAUCAUCCUUCUGGAAUUAUGACCAUUUUAACGGGAAUUAGUUGUGAUGAUGAGAAAAAAUAUAUCACAUCCAUAAAAAUCUUCCAUUAAAAUGGCCUAUUUUCAAGUUGUAGUUCUUCAUAAAGUAAGAUAUAAGAUAAUACAGUAUUUCAUUUUGUUUUUAAUGAAUUUUCAUCAGGGACCCAGGUCAUGCAUUCCUGGAAAAUCCAUUUAUGACUGAUGUCAUUUCCUCUGCUAUAUGGGCAAAGCGAUUUAAGACUAGGUUAUUGUUUUUUUUUUUUAAUCCAAGGCAUUUUGACCACAGGAUUUUGUUUUGUUUGGUGAUAGUUUAUUGUUUUAUUUGUUUGAAAUUUCAUGAUUUUCCUUAUGGCAAUGAAAAACAGUUUUAUCAAAGAAAAAUAUCUUUACAGAAAUUUAAUGUAUCUUUGUACAUGGUCCUGAUUAUACCAGCAAAUGCUAAGUAGUCAAACCUGAGCAUUUUUCAGGAGAUGGAUCAGUAAUAGUUUCCUGUUUUUAGUUUUUGGUAUGCAAAUUAUGUGUACAUUUCCCUUCAAUGAAGAAAGGAAUGACACUAAUUCUUUUCUCUAUUUUACUAUCCUGGCCUUUGUGCAAUAAGCUGUAGUCUCCAUUUCAUAGGCAACAUGCAUAUGAUUCUGUGAAUAGCUUUGUGAGAGAUGCAUUUUUAGUCAACUGAUUGAAGCUACCCAAAAAAUGCUGAAAACUUUGUUCUUCAUUUCUGAUUAAUUUAUAGCAGUCUCUAACCACACAAAUAGAUACCUCUACAACUAGUUUUUGUGUUAAACAAAAUUUAAUCUUGUGCAAACAUAUAUGAACUGAAGAGUAGGUAAAGCCUGCAGCUAAUUCCUUAUGUAAAACUGUAAGAUUCUUGGCAUUGACUUGGACCUUGGCACAACGAGAUGUCUCUUGGGAUGCCUCCAUCCUAUAUGGGAGUGCCUGAAUUUGAGUUCCAGCUCCACUUGUGAUUGCAGGAAAUGGUUCAAGUACCUGGGUCCCUACUUACCCGUAGGAGACAUUCAGAUUCUGUUUGAAGCUCUUGGCUUUGACAUGACGUUGCAGGCUAUUGGGGAGUGAACCAGCAGAUGGAAAAUACCUCUCUCCCUCUCUUUUCCACUCCUAAGUAAAAUAAAUAGCUGAAUAAAUAAUUUUUUAAAUAUACUUGCUCUAAGCCUUUCCUGCUACAUGCAUUGCUAUUUUUUCCAAGAUACCUAAUUCACAUCGGGAUGAGGGAAAACCUUACUCUUACAACUCUGAUGGACAUUUAGUUAAUAUAUCCACAAUGAAGCUUUUUUCCUUAACCACACAUGCAGUUAGUCAACUCAGAAUGUCAUUUCUAACUUUUGUGCUAAACCCUAGGUUUUGAAUAAUGUGCCAGAAAUGAGAAGUGUCACUGUGUCACCUUGUUUUGUUACUAAUGUAGAGUUAUGAUUGAUCCCCAACACUAAAUAUGUUUGUAGAUAAUAGAAUCAUGAACUUUUUAAAGCUCUGAUUCUCCUCUUCACUAAUUACCAUCCCCAGUAUUCUUAGUCAUGGCAGUCCACUGUAGCUCUUGAGCUACACAGAACACGGCAAAUGUCUAAACAUCUGCCACUUUAGAUCUCAUACACUAACUCUUCCAAACUUUCCCUAAUUAAAUAUUUUUUCCAUUGCUUCAGACAAUUCAGAAAAACUUAAAGGCAUCACUCUAGGUCAUGGUAGGCGCAAAUAUUUGUUGGGGAUUAGAAGGCAAUGAAAUUGGAGUUCCCUGAAGGGGAUCUCUCCCAAGCACUCAGACCCAGAGGAGUAAUAGCUAAUUGUAAACAGAUUCCACUACAUGUAGCACAGAGUCUUUAUGUUCUCUACUAUAUUUGGUGACAUCUAAAUCAAAGUAAUUCUGACAACAGGAAGCAUAGGUAAGCAUUUGACUUUAUGGAUUCCAACUUAUUUGUCAAUUCACGUGGUCUUUUCAGCCCUUUAUCCCCGUCUUCCCAAGAAUAAGGUAUGGAUCCAUGCUGAAUAUGAGAAAAGAGUACUAGACACUGUAAAAUUCUACAUAUAUAGCUACUGGUUAUUUGGUUUUAAGAGUCACUUGUGUUUAUUUUAUGCUCAUGUUUGUACCUAGCAAUGUUUGUGUUUAGCCCAAGUGAACAUCUUUCCUCCAUGGAUGAAUUGGAUGCUAUACUUAGAAGCCCAAGUUUUUUCUCUUUAGUUUUGUUAUCUUAUUAUUAUUCCUUCUGGAUCUCAUUGUAAUAAUUAUUAUUGAUGAUUAUGUAUUACUUAGUCGCUCUUGGAGGAUAAGCCUAGUAACUUCCAUUCAGGCCAACUGCCAUAUGAUCAAGCUGGUUAGAUAUGUACUUACUACACAGGAAGCAGUAUGGCAGGGUGAGGAAUUAUUAAGCUUUCAUGGAGGAUGUACAAUUCAGUAUUAAAUGUUGAAUGGAUUCAUUAACUUAAUUUUGGGAAACAAAGAGAAUAUUCUAAAUGCAACUUAAAGCAUAGGCUAUAUACAGAGAAGACACGUUGCCUUGGUCGAAAUGUCAGAUUCUGGAAUUUCCUCUUUACCAAGAGAAAAUUUCUAGAUAUUCAGGGUCAAAUCAAAGGAAAAGGCACAGAGAAAUGCUAACUAAAGUGUUUCUUCCUUCUAUCUGUCUUUAUAAUUGAAAGAAAUGAUGAGUUGCCAAAAUAAAACAGUGUGCAUCAUAUGAAGUAGCCCUCUAUGAACUUGACUAUAACAUUAAGAAUGUGUUUUCCUAUUGGUUUAUAACAACAUCUUCCCUUCUAAGGGAAAAUGUGGAUGCCCUGUGUUCUUUAAACUGUUCAAACAGAACGAGCAGAACACCUCUGAUAGCCUUAGUAUUUCUAGGUACAUGAUUAGGAAGACACUCUAG